AUGCUGGAGUACCAUGGAAAACUAGUCCUGGCGCCCAUGGUGCGGGUCAGCGAGCUACCCAUGCGUGCUCUAUCCAUAAAAUACGGAUGUGACCUGGUAUGGGGGCCUGAAAUUGUUGACAAGAAGAUGAUCCACAUGAAGCGCAUUUGGAACGAUCGAUUGCAGUGUGUUGAUUUCGUGCAAAAGUCGGAUGAAAAAUUGGUUUUCAGAACUAACCCGGCUCUGGAAAAGUCUCGUUUGGUGUUCCAAAUGGGCACUGCAGACUCCAAACUCGCUGUGGAGGCUGCAAAAGUUGUCGCCGCCGACGUCGGGGCUAUCGACGUUAACAGUGGCUGUCCUAAGCAUUUCAGUGUCCAUGGCGGAAUGGGUGCUGCCCUGCUACGAACCCCAGAUAAGCUUGUGGAUAUAUUGACUUCUCUCGUCGAAGAAGUAGGCAAACCAUUCGGUAUCCCUAUCAGCGUCAAGAUCCGGAUUCUCGAAGACGCUGAAAAGACAUAUGGCCUUGUCAGGCGUCUUGUAAUGACAGGAAUUUCUUGUCUUACUGUGCACUGUCGUACGACUCCUAUGCGUCCGCGUGAACCUGCCAUUUACACUUACUUGGAGGGGAUCGCUCAGAUCUGUCACGAGGCCGGUAUCUGCUGCUACGUUAACGGUGACGUGGGGUGCAGAGACAACCUGCAGCUGUUCAUGAAGAACUAUGGUGUGGAUGGAGCCAUGAUAGCUCGGGGGGCAGAGGCUAAUCCGUCAUGUUUCCAGACCGGCCCGCUCGCUCCCUGGCUGGAUGUGUGCAAAGAGUUUUUGAAAAUGUGUAAAAAAUACGAAUACACAAACUCUCAUGCCAAAUUCUGUCUAACCAAAAUGAUACCCGGCAAAGAUCCGCUCUACCAACAGAUCGCUCAAGCCAAGAGCUUAGACGAGAUGGAGGCCAUGCUUGACAACCCUCUGAUCAAGGAACAGAUCAAGAGUAGCAAAACAUCAACCGCAGUAUCUGUCUAA